AUGGAUUCUGAGAGUCCUUACCAGCAUCUGACUGAUUUUGUGUUGGCAUGUACUACCUUCAUUACUAGAGCAGGAACUGAUGAAUACAUUAAGCUUCGUUUAUUUCCUUUUUCCUUGAAGGAUAAAGCGAAGAUCUACUUUAAUUCUCUAAGGCCUAACUCUAUUUCUGAUUGGACUGACAUGCAACGUGAGUUCUUACAUAAUUUUUUUCCUUUUCAUAGAACUCAGUUCCUACAGGAGCAAAUCAAUCGGUUUAUGCAAAGAGGCGAUGAGACUUUCCAGGCUUGUUGGGAAAGAUUCAAAAAGCUUAUUAAUAUUUGUCCGCAUCAUGGGUUUGAGUCUUGGAGGCUGGUAAAUUAUUUCUAUACAGUCCUCACUCCUGAUUAUAAGCAGUUUGUUCAGACUAUGUGUAAGGGGGAGUUCUUUAGCAACGAACCAGAUGAGGCACUAGCAUUCUUUGAUUACUUAGCUGAAAGUGCACAACAGUGGAAUACACGAUCUGAUCGGGUACCAACGGCAGUACAACCUCUCAGGGCAAUUGGUGGUGGAGGUAGAUAUGAUGUAAAGGAGGAAACUGAUAUCCAGGCUCGUAUUGCUGCAUUAGCUAGGAGGGUAGAGUUUAUGGAGUUAGAGAAGGUGAAAGCAGCGAAAUCAGUUGAGGUGUGCUCUCUAUGCGCCGACUCUAGCCAUAAGGCCCAGGAUUGCCCGAUCAUGAUGGUAGUGCAGGAGAGUGGGUCUGAUCAUUUUCAGUCAGCAAAUUGGUUUCAGCAGCCUUCACAGUCCUUUGCACCACAGUCUCAGCACCCGUAUAAGCCACAUCCGAUUUCCCAGAACUACUCCCCUCCAGGGUUUCCAUCUAAUGUUACGCCCGUUCCACCAAAAAGGUCUCUUGAGGAUACUCUUCAGUAA